UUAUCCAUAGACGGAAUCUCAAACCUGAGACUGACAGGCGUCACUAUUGCAGAUGAAGAUCAGUACAGAUGUAUUGUCACAGCUACAACCAGCCCAACUACAAUGGUCAACCUACGGGUUUUCCAGCAGCCAACAAGACCCCAAGUUCAGGUCCAGUACGACCCCCAGCAGUCUGACUUGUCCAGUGUUCCACUCAACACGACCAUCACCUUCACCUGUACCAGUACAGGGGGUCGACCACCUGCCAAUCUAACCUGGAAUGGCAAACCGGCAUCUGCAACCCCCACAUACACAUCCUCUAAUGACUCCCAGGGAGUGGGAGAUGCCACAUCAACAUUCAACUUCACUACAGCAGAGUACGGAGUGACCUACAGUGUAUACUGUAGAGCUAGAGGUCCAGAUCCCAUCCAAAAAAAGAAUCUCAGAAGAAGAGAAGCAAAUGUUGGAGGUAUUGUUGGCGGUAUCAUCGGAGCGCUUGCAGGUGUAGGUGUGAUGGCAGCCGUGGUGUUCUUUGUGGUUCGGAAGAAACGAGCGGAUAGGGGUGAGAAAGACGGAGACGUUGGGGACCUCAGUGACAGACAGUAUGAAAAUGUUCCAAAUCCAAUGAUGGUGUCACAACGACCCGGAAGUGGAAGUGACGAGUACGAAGUUCCCAUGGAAACCAUCCAACCACUAACCGGAAGUGAUGACGAGUACGAAGUUCCCAUGGAAACCGUCCAGCCGCCCCAGUCCAGUGACGACUAUCAGGAGCUGAGGCCCGCUGUCUACCAGAGUCUGCAACGCGGAAUCGACUGA